CGUGCUGGGGCGAGUGUGGACUGACACUGUGGGCGGGGCCGGAGCGCUGCCGGAGGGCGGGGUCGGAUGAGGGCACCGCACUCCGGGUGUGGCGGUCCGAGCGCCGGGGGCGGUGCCACAGCGGGCGGGGCAGCCGGUGAACUGAGUGGCUUUGACCAUGAAGCCGCAGCCACCGGGCUAGGCCCGGGGCUGCUCCAGGCCUGGGCGGCCUGCAGAGGGCUGGGCCGGCCCCCGGCUCCGGUUCCCGGGGCAGCAGGUGGCCGCUCACCAUGCCCGGCAAGCACCAGCAAUUCCAGGACCCUGAGGUCGGCUGCUGCGGGAAAUACUUCCUGUUUGGCUUCAACAUCGUCUUCUGGGUGCUGGGAGCCCUGUUCCUGGCCAUCGGCCUCUGGGCCUGGGGUGAGAAGGGCGUUCUCUCCAACAUCUCGGCGCUGACAGACCUGGGUGGUCUUGACCCCGUGUGGCUGUUUGUGGUGGUCGGGGGAGUCAUGUCAGUGCUGGGCUUCGCCGGCUGCAUUGGGGCCCUCCGGGAAAACACCUUCCUGCUCAAGUUUUUCUCUGUGUUCCUUGGCCUCAUCUUCUUCCUGGAGCUGGCGGCAGGGAUCCUGGCCUUCGUCUUCAAGGAUUGGAUCCGAGACCAACUUAAUCUCUUCAUCAACAACAAUGUCAAAGCCUACCGGGAUGAUAUUGACCUUCAGAACCUUAUCGACUUUGCUCAGGAAUAUUGGUCUUGCUGUGGAGCCCGAGGGCCCAAUGACUGGAACCUCAAUAUCUACUUCAACUGCACUGACUUGAACCCAAGCCGAGAGCGCUGUGGGGUGCCCUUUUCCUGCUGUGUUAGGGAUCCUGCGGAAGAUGUCCUCAAUACCCAGUGUGGCUAUGACAUCCGACUCAAACUGGAGCUUGAACAGCAGGGCUCCAUCUACACCAAAGGCUGUGUGGGCCAGUUUGAGAAGUGGCUGCAAGAUAACCUGAUUGUGGUGGCCGGGGUCUUGGUGGGGAUUGCCCUCCUCCAGAUAUUUGGCAUCUGCUUGGCCCAGAACCUCAUGAGUGACAUCAAGGCAGUGAAGGCCAACUGGAUCACCCAUGGUGAUGGCUACAAACGACUCAAUAAACAACACUUUGAAAAACAGUGGCUUAUGUUCACCGUCCUCGAAGGUUCUGUGGGCAGCCCAGCCUCUCCAGAGCUCUCCAGGGAGGAGGACCCUGGCCUGAAUCCCACCAAGGCCUCCUAGGUCUGGGGAGACUAUGCACUUGAGACAGCCUUUCAAACGGUUAUAUUGCCUUAAAGGUCACAUCUCCUGGCCCUCCUGAGCAAUGGCUGUCAGGGUCAUCUACAAUGGGACACAGAGGCACCUUGCCUGGUCUGUUCUAUGUACCUGACCCCUAGUAUCUGAGAAUCGACCUAUCCAACCUCUGUGAGUUAUUCCUGCCAUACACCUCAAGGCUGAUAUGUCUCUGCCUCAAGAAAGGUAUAAAGAUCUGAAAAAUGGGGUUCUGGAGGUCUAUGACCCAUAUUGUGGUUUUAAAGGCAUCAUGUAUCCACAAAAUACCCCCAUAUUCUGGUGUUCUACUGUUUACUGAAACCAAAUAGAGUCUGGGUCUCCAACCUUCCACGAUAGUAUAGUGAAGAGGGGGUACAGCUUGUGGGUCCUAGCUGUGCUGGAGUCUGAGGUGGGUGUCAGAAUGCCCAUGAGAGUGGCUGAGUGAUGGGAAGAGGGCAAGAGGAUUGUACUCAGGGAGUGCUUGGUAUCCCAUGAGGGAAAUCUGCUUUGAGGUGGGUCAAUGGUUGGCUCAAAAACGUCCAUGCCUGCAGUUCUCCAUUGCGGCCACCAGAGGGCACACGAGCACCACAUUCUCUGCUUACUGACUUUCCUUACAAAGUCACCUCAGUACCUUCCGGCUUCCCUGGGUGACUUGCAAACUUCUAAAGAAGCAAAGCAGCUCAGGCUUGGACAAUCUAGCUGCCCAAAAGGGUGGUAUGUGCCAAAUGACCCUUCCCUGAACUGGGCAAAUGGAGGGCUGGACUGGUUCAGAGGUUGCUGAUCUGGCGCGCUCUGUUCUCUCAGUGAGCUACAAGAGUAGUGAGAGAGAUCUGUUUUGCUUUGGUCUUUGCUGGUACUGGAGACCAGAUAGAAGAAGACAUGGUUUCUAUGAUGAGAUAUCUGUGUAAUCCGGGUGAGGCUUGGGAGGUAAGGGGAGCACGGUGGGAACUGUGUGGAGACAGGUCCUCACCCACGGGUGCUGACUGCUGUUCAGUUGUAGCUGAUUGCAGUGGUGCAGGAACACAGAGCUGACACCAGAAAUCUUAGAGAAGCUGGGAGUCUGCAGGCUGGUGGAAGACAGACAGAUUUUAACUCAACCUUGCAGGCAGCUGGAAGAGCCCUGGGUCCAGCUUCAGCUCCUGUCGGCACCGCUCACAGUGGCCCCCGGCUACUCCACUGUGUGGGGGUGCUGCGAGCUGGCUGGGCACCUGAUAGCCUUGUCCCCUGGCAUGGGCUGGGCAGAGCUCUGGAUGGCCCAGCCACGGUGGUUCGUACACUGCAAUAAAUACAGCUCAGAAAGAGUUACUUUUCUCA